AUGCCGUCCUACAACAUCGUCGUUUUCGGAGGAGACCAUUGCGGUCCCGAGGUCACAAAAGAGGCCGUCAAGAUCCUCCGUGUGAUUGAGAAGAGCCGUGAUGAUAUCACCUUCAACCUGCAGGAUCACCUGCUUGGUGGUGGCUCAAUUGAUGCCACAGGCUCCCCUCUUACCGAUGAAGCCCUGAACGCCGCAAAGAACGCCGACGCAGUCUUCCUCGGCGCUAUUGGUGGACCAGAAUGGGGAACCGGCUCCGUCCGUCCCGAACAGGGGAUCCUGAAGCUGCGCAAGGAAAUGGGCACAUUCGCCAACCUGCGGCCCUGCAACUUUGCCGCCCCCUCGCUCGUCGACAGCUCCCCACUCCGCCCCGAGGUCUGCCGAGGGGUGGACUUCAACAUCAUCCGCGAACUCACAGGCGGUAUCUACUUUGGCGAGCGCAAGGAAGACGACGGCAGCGGCUUCGCCAUGGACACGGAGCCCUACUCGCGCGCUGAGAUCGAGCGCAUCACCCGUCUAGGUGCCCACCUGGCCCUGCAGCACAACCCGCCCCUCCCCGUGUGGAGUUUGGACAAGGCCAAUGUCCUCGCUACUAGCCGUUUGUGGCGCAAGACCGUGACCGACGUCAUGGCCAAGGAGUUCCCUCAGCUCAAGAUCGAGCACCAGCUGAUCGAUUCCGCUGCUAUGAUUAUGGUCAAGGAUCCGCGCAAGCUGAACGGUAUCGUCAUUACGAGUAACUUGUUCGGUGAUAUCAUUUCCGACGAGGCCAGUGUUAUUCCUGGUUCUCUGGGUCUGCUGCCUAGCGCUAGUCUGAGCAGCAUCCCUGAUGGCAAGGGCAAGGUUAACGGUAUCUACGAGCCUAUUCACGGCUCCGCUCCCGACAUCUCCGGAAAGGGCAUUGUUAACCCCGUCGCUGCCAUCCUCUCCGUUGGCUUGAUGAUGCAGUACUCCUUUGCUCUUUUCGACGAAGCCCGCGCUGUCCAGCAGGCUGUGAGCAACGUCAUCGAGUCCGGUGUGCGCACAGGCGACAUUGGUGGCAAGGCUUCCACAACGGAAGUGGGUGAUGCCAUUGCUGCCGAGUUGGAGAAGCUCCUGAAGAAAUAA